ACUAUAGCAUGUUAAAUUUAAGCAUAUUACGAUGCAUAUAGUGUAUGCGAGUAGUUUCCCGGGAAAAUCCAAAUGAACAAUGGUGGUAAGCAAGCUUAACUUUCUCAAACCUCACACUCUUCCUAUCUUCCACCGAACACUUUUUUUUCCGGAAGUCCCAAUCUUCUCUGUAUCUUUCAUUAAUUUUACAACCCAAAUCCAUGCCCAUAUCCAAACACCAGACCCCGAGCUCUCUUACGGACCCUCUCUUCGCAAGGGCACACUACCCCCAACAUCCACAUCCCAAACUUCCCUCAGAACCUUUAUCAAAGAAGACGAUGGUGGUGGGGUGUAUGAUGAUACUUAUUCAUUCAAUGAGGAAAGUUUCACACGGGUUUUCGAUGUCGCAGCGAUUCGAGUCCCUUCCAAGGACUGUUUCGUUCUCGAGAACCGACUUCGAGGCCACCUCUUGAACUGGCCUCGAAUCCGAAACAUUGCCAGAGUCCCGGGCGACGACUUUGACGACGAGGAGGUCAAGAAGCUUGUGGGUACUCUAAACGAGGGAGAUUCUCUGAUUUCGCUGAAAAGGCGUAUGCAUGGGAAAGCCGAGGGCGAUGGAGAGCCCUUGAGCCCAGUUUUGCACAGGGAAAAGCUUGUGAAGACGUUUGACUCUGUUGGGUUUGUGAAUUUUCGAAACCUGGCGAAGAUGACGAGACCGAAUUCGAGGAAGAAGAAAAUGGUUGAUAAUGAAGAGAGGAGUGGAGGGAAGAAUAAGGAUAAGGCCGGGAGGAAGAGCUUCUCUGUUGUAGAGGUUAUUGAGGAUGGGUUAAUAGAAGGAGAGGAUUUAAAGGGUUUAUUGGGAGAGGAUUUCCAUGGCAGGAAAUGGAGAGGCCCAACGAGAUUAUUGCUCUUGGACGAGAGGUAUUCGACGAAAUGCGCAGAAGAGUUGCCUGAGGCAAUCAAGGUUGUAUUGAAGGAAAACAUAAGUUCGAACUUUGAGAUUGUAAGAUGCAGGCUGACUUUGUUCUAUGAUUACUGGCAAAUGGAUGAGAUUUUGGAGGCUAUGUUGCCCAAAGAUAUUAUUAUUCCUUCCGCAUUUGAAACAGUUGGACAUGUUGCACACCUUAACCUGAGAGAUGAGCAUAUACCCUACAAAAAGCUUAUAGGAAAGGUGCUUGUUAUUAUGUACAAGGUGAUUUUGGAUAAAAAUAAGCCAAAGAUUAAAACAGUUGUCAAUAAGAUUGAUUCCAUUCAGAAUGACUACAGAACAAUGCAGCUUGAGGUUUUAGCUGGAAACCACUCCCUGGUUACUACAGUAGUUGAGAAUGGGCUGCAGUUUCAAGUUGAUUUAUCAACAGUGUAUUGGAACUCAAGGCUUGCAACUGAAAGACAAAGGCUUUUAAAUGGAUUUACACGAAGAGAUGUUGUUUGUGAUGUUUUCUCUGGGGUUGGUCCAAUAGCCAUAUCAGCAGCAAAGAUUGUAAAAAGAGUAUAUGCUAAUGAUUUGAAUCCCCAAGCAAUCGAGUAUUUGGAAAGAAAUAGUGUACUCAACAAACUUGAAAAGAAGAUUAGGGUUUUCAACAUGGAUGGAAGGAGGUUCAUCAUCUCUUUGUUUACAAGUGAGAAGGCUCCUUCAAUAACACAAGUGGUAAUGAAUUUGCCUAAUGAUGCUGUGGAGUUUCUAGAUGCAUUUCGCGGAAUCUUAAGAGGUAAAACCAAAGAGGAAGAAUAUCUACUGCCGAAGAUCCACGUAUAUGGAUUCUCUAAAGCUCGAGAUCCCGAGUUUGACUUUCAUGAGAGAAUAAGAAUUGCACUAACUGAAGUAGCAGUUGAUGUGGAAAUGCGAAGGGUCCGCCUAGUUGCCCCUGGAAAAUGGAUGCUAUGUGCCUCAUUCAUUCUCCCCAAGAGUGUAGCCGUCGGAAAACCCAUCCUAGAUACGUAAUUAUGUGUAGUUUUAGAGCUAAGUGCCAAACACAACUAACAGAUGAUAGUGACCUCUUUUAUGCACCCAAAAACACCUAAAGUGUUCAAUAAAUGCAAUACAAAUCGAAUAUUUGUUGCACAUAUUUGUCUCCCUUGGACGGCUCUGAUUCACCCGCAGCAUUUGUGUGGUUCUCAUCUGGCCCCUCCAUACAAUCUUAAAAGAGUAAGACAUGCACUAAAUCUAAAUGUACUGGUUCACCUACACCGGCCAUGACAUAUGGCCAUAUGGGGUUCUCUAGCUAGACUGUAAGCCAAGGGGGGACAAAUUGGUCCAUUUGGGAAUGGUAGGUGAGGGCAAACUGGUAAUUUCAAGUGAAAAGGAUCACACAUAGAAAACUAGCAAAUCUCAGUUCAGAUUGAGAUCUAAAUAAUUAUAUCUUCCUUGUGGUCCUUA